UGAGCUGUUUUUGAGACAUAGCUCGUCCUUUACGUGAGUAGCCAGACAUUUCCGAAGAAGGCUAUAAAACGACGCGACUCGAAGACUUGCUUCAAGAUGGCGGCUUUCAUAACUACCAUGUUUGUCCUCCCACCUUCCUCGAACCUUUCUCUUCCCGGUCAACUUGAGCCUCUUUCGUCCAUCCCACCAUCGAUGCUAGCGGGUGUUGCAGCUUGGCCACAUGAGAAUAGUGGUCGGGAGGCCUCGCAUGGAUAUAAGCGUACAAUAGGCGAGCCUGAAAGCUUCUGUCGGAGCUCUUUUCCGCAGUCAUGUUCUAGUGACUGGGAAGGCGGAUCGACCCUCGACGGCGUGAUGGAGCUUCAUGAUCGGUUGAAAAGCAUGAUGAUAGAUACGGAGCAUGCUCUUGAGCUUUUUGAAACUGAAUUGGUAGAACAACUGAGCUUACGAUGUGGUCAACGCAGAAAUUCCCGAACGCGAGCGCCGUUCAAGCCGAACAAGAGCGGACGAGGCACGAGCUCAUGGCAGCUAAAACAAUUCGCUGAAGCGACGUUGGGCAGUGGCAGUCUCAGAAAAGCGGUAAAACUGCCAGAAGGAGAAGACUUCAAUGAAUGGUUAGCUGUCAAUGUCGUGGAUUUCUACAAUCAGAUCAAUCUCUUGUACGGAUCUAUUACCGAGUUUUGCUCGCCGCAAAGCUGCCCUGAGAUGAAGGCGACGGACGAAUUCGAGUAUCUCUGGCAAGACAACGAGAACUUCAAGCGACCGACAAAGAUGACGGCACCAGAGUAUGUGGAGCACCUCAUGGCAUGGAUCCAGAGUAAUAUCGACAACGAACAAAUGUUUCCAAGCAGAAUCGGUGUCGCUUUUCCGAAGGCAUUCCCUUCAUUGCUCCGGCAAAUAUUCAAGAGGCUGUAUCGGGUUUAUGCGCACAUCUAUUGCCAUCACUAUCCAGUGGUGGUCCAACUUGGGCUGGAGCCUCAUCUGAACACGUCCUUCAAGCACUACGUCCUCUUCAUCGACGAGCACAAUCUGUCGAGUGGAAGUAAAGACUACUGGGGCCCGCUCGGAGACCUUGUAGAGAGCAUGCUGAAGAGCGACUAAAGAAUCGGUGUGGCUGAGAUGGCAUGUACGACAGCUUGACAAGAGCAUGGAUGGUUAGGCGUUUCUCCAGGAGCAUUAGUGGAUGGGCAGGGGGUGGGGCAAACACACGACUGAUGAGCUACGGCUGGCAGCAGCAGCAGGGGUCACGACGGCGUGGUAAAUUAAUGUACAUUAUUCGUGGGUAUUAUUACUGCAAAUCAUUAUAAGCGACUUUGUUUCAGGGGCAUGAGAGAUUGGGGGACACAUUCAUGUGUAUCUAUGCUCGAGUCAGGCACGAAGAAACCAAGCAGAGAGAGAGAAAGUAGAGGUAAUCGGUGAUGAUCCUUCGUUAUCAUAUCAUGUCUGGGAAGGGCGGCUCGUAGUUGCAGCGGCGAGUUGUAUCAGCAUG